CUUAGUACAAAUCCUUGAUAAUUAAUAAAGCUCUCCAUCAUAAAAUAGAUAAAUAAAAGAAAUAGUAGUUUCUCUCUCUUCUAUCUAUAAUUUGUUGCUUUUUCCGACAGAGAAUGCUUUAUCUCUCCUCCUCCUCGUCGUCCUCUACCUCCGUGGUCUAAAAACAGAGAUCUUAGAAGAAGAAGACAAAAUCUUUACCACCAGAUCUUUCUUUCUUCUUCAUCUUUACAGGUUGUCACAUCACUAUAACACCGAAACUCUCGGACCCUCAAGCCCCCCCCCCCCAAGAAAAAAAUCAAUCCUUUUUUUUCUUCUCAAUUCAUAUCCCUCCGAUGAGGUGUAAGAGACACACCGUAGAUUUCAGCAGCAGCACUAACGGCGUAUGCGCUUCUUGCCUCCGUGAGCGUCUCCUCUCCCUCGCCGCUUCCGCCGCCGUCACUGCCGCCAUUGAAGACAACAAUCAUAACCAAUCACGCAAAUCUAAUAAUCCUCGUCCGCUUUUAAUCUUCCCUCGCUCUGUUUCUCCUUAUGUUACCCGUAGAAAAUCCGACGCCGGAACCGGAGCCGGAGCAGGAGGAGAAGAUCCUUUAACAUCUUCUAAUCGGAGAUUCAUCACAACCCCUCAGGUAGAUCUCGCCGGCUACUCAUGCAAAGACUUCGAAUCGAACCGAUCUCAUAAUAAACCAAAAGAGAAUAAAAAAAAUUCGUCUAGAUUCUCUAAUCUAUUCAGAGCUAGAUCUGAAGAUUUCGAUUCGAAUCCCAAAUCCAACAAUCCUAGAUUCUCUAGCGACGCGUCUGAGUCUUCUUUGUCUUCCUCACGGUCAUGGAUCUCGACGAUUCUCUCGACCGGUCGCCGGAAAAAGCAACCGUGUUACAUAGAAGACGUAAUCGCAUGUCGUAGACCUCAGCGUAUAUACUGUAGAGGAAUGUCACCUGCGGGAGAUACGGAAGCGGAGCCGUCGUCGGAAUCGUUUGAGGAAUCGAGAAGCACACCGGCGACGACGAAAACUCCGGGGAGGAGGAAGGUUGGGAACGGGAUAGGGAAGAAGAGCAUGUCCGGGAUGGCUUUUUGUUUGAGUCCGUUGGUGAGAGCUAGUCCUAAUUGUCCGUUUAAAAGGAGAAUGAGAUUCCCGUCGGAAUUUGGUAGUUCCGGCGAGGUUACUGCGGAGCAGGAGAAGCCUCAUAUAUCAGCAGCGGCGUCGUUUUGUGCAAAUAGAUCGAAGAAGCUUGUGGAUUUAGGUAGAGUUGAUCGCCGCCGUUGAGUGUUUUUUUCGGUGGUUUAGUCUGAACAACGUAUUUGUUUGACUUGUGGAUUGAUAGUAAAUUUUAGUUUACCGCUCUCGUGUGGCUUUUUCUAAAGAUGGAAUUUUCCAAAAUCAAGCUCUUUAUUUGGCUUGAGGUGAGAAAUAAUCAGAAUGGAACAUAGUUUGUAAUUGUAACGUAUACCACCUUGUAACGUUUUGUUUCUGAUUGUAAUUGUAGAGUUUCAUGGGCUAAAAUAUUUGUUAGAUUCCAAUGAGAGAGGAGCUAUGUAGUGUU